UAUCUCCCUCUUCUUUCUUUUUUGCUUCUCUCUUUCUCUGAAUCUGUUAAAAUAGAAAAAUUAAAAAUUGAAAUCUGAAUUAGACGUAGAAAAUUUUCUCUUAUGAAAAUAAUCCUGCACCAAAUACAAAUCCUAACCGAUGCUAGUAUUAUGUUUUCACAGGAGCAGAGCUAUUCAGGACUGUAUAUGAAUAACGGAGUGGUUUUUCUUUUGUGAACUCAAUAUCCAUUAUAAAGAUAGAAGAGGAACUUGUACAUGAUGAACACCAACUGUGAUGCUAGGAUUUGCCCAUUUACUCCAAUGGCACUGAUUUUCUGAGACAGCUUGUAGGUUAGAGUAGGCUGGCUGUAUAUCCUUAAUUUUGGACUUUGGAAUUUAACCUUUUUGAUAGGGAUUGAUCUAUUAGGUAGAAAUAGAAAUGGAUCCAAAGAUCGCAAAGGUAUCGGGUAGUAGUCGUAGAGUUGUGCUCGGCCUGAAGAGGAAGAGAGCAUCUCCACAUGCUGCAAAUUUUACUGGAGCUAUCCGAGCAGUUUUGCAGCGUUCACCCCAUUACAAAUCAACCCAAAAGCUUGGAAAGAGAAGGAAAUUAGAUGGAUGCAAAAACAAAGUUUUCAGUGGGUGUCAUUUUAAAAAACCCUUACUGCGUUAUUACUCAAAUUACAAGAAAAGUGGUAUUCCACAACGUCUUAUGUACUAUGAGAAUGGUGAUUGGACUGAUUUUCCUCAGGAUCUUAUUGCUUUUGUGAAGAAAGAUUUUCAAGCGAAGAAGGGAGCUGUUGAGGUUGAGCAAGAUGGUCAUCUUUUUCUGCUUGAUUUCCUGCAUAUGUUGCAACUGGAUUUGAAAACAGGUACACAACAACCGAUUGCUUGGAUUGAUGAAGCAGGUGCUUGUUUCUUUCCGGAAAUUUACACCAAUGAUGAUGAAUUGUAUGACUUUUGCCAAAAUGAAUGUGGCAAAGAUCAUGAAUCAAUGUUUAGAGAUUCUUAUGGGCCCCAUGAAAUAAAGCUGCAGCUUGAGAUUGACAUAGCUGGAGUGGAGCAGGCUAAGUUGAAGGAAUGUAGCGGGGAGUCAAAUGCUGUUGUUAAGCAUCUCGAAAUUGGACAAAAGUCAUCUGGUAACCAGUAUGUUGUGGAAGUUGAGGAUAGUUGCAACCCGAAAACUGAUGCAAAACUAGAUGAAGCUAUUGAGGAAAAUCAGCAUAUGAAAACCAACUUAGUGACCCGAAACGAAUUGGUUGAUGAAAAGCUGGAUUCUGAUGCUGUACGGGAGUUUUUUUUAAAGGGUAUGAGGCAGUUUGAUGGUGUAGACAUACUUGAAAUACAGUGCUGUGCUAGUCCUAUGAUGUCAGCACGUUUUGAGCUUUUCCAGAAACAAGUUGAAAUUACAAAGAAGUACCGUGGGGAUCCAAAUGUUCGAUAUGCAUGGCUUGCUACAUCGAAAGUAGCACUACCUAUGAUUAUGGCGUAUGGACUCGGGCUUUGUGGAGCAUACACAACUGAGUCCACAUAUGGCAUUGGUGUCCAUCUUGCUGCUGCAAGCUAUCCUGAUACCAGUGCAAAUUACUGUGAUGUUGACGAAAAUGGGGUACAACACAUGGUGUUUUGUCGUGUUAUUAUGGGAAAUAUGGAGCAUUUAUGCCCUGGAACUAAACGGUUUCAUCCCAGUACAGAGGAUUUUGAUAGUGGAGUAGAUGAUCUUCAGAAUCCAAGACAUUUCGUAGUCUGGAAUAUGAAUGUGCAUACCCAUGUUUAUCCAGAGUUUGUUGUUAGUUUCAAGAUUGCCUCCAAUGGUGAAGUACUUUAUGUUGUCUCUAUAGGGAAUAUGGUUGGAAGUGAAAAUCAGCAUACAAUUUCUGCAGUCACUAAAUUUUCACUAGGGCUUCAAAACCCCAUGCAAUUGGAAUCCACUACAGUUGAUUUUAGAAAUGCUAGUCCUCUGGUUUCAGAAUUUGGGGGAUCUCUGGGAAAAGCUCCUAGUACUAAUUCAAAUAGUCCAAGGGCUCCCAAAUCCCCCUGGAUGCCUUUUCCUAUGUUAUUUGCUGCCAUCUCGAAUAAAGUUUCUCCUAAAGACAUGGAACUAAUUACCAAUCAUUAUGAUCUGUUCAAGGCAAAGAAGAUAAGCCGGGGUGAUUUUGUUAAAAAGUUGCGAGUGAUAGUUGGAGAUGUUUUGUUGAGGUCUACAAUACUUUCUCUUCAGUGUAAGGUACCAUUGAAGCGUGAAGUUGAAACGGUGAAGCAAAAUGUCGAAGGAUCACCUGAGCUUCAGUUAACGCUAGGACUGUCUGCCAGAGUCUGAGCAGCUGAUCGAGGUCUCUCUGAAAUCUCUUAGUAGAUAUGUGGAGAGGGGAGCAGACAUGCUUAGUACAUGUUUGUUAGAAAUGUGUCGACAUGAAGCUGUGUUCAAAGUACUGUGUCUGUUGGAGAAUGUUGGCUCAUUAGUUACUUUUCAGAAACUAUUUGUUUUACUUUCUGUUUUUGUUCCUUUUUUAAGUUAGAUUUAGUUCGAGGACUUGAACUGCCGUGUUGGAAUCUAAGACUUCCGUUUAUUUUGCUAGUCGAAAUGCUACUGUUUUUGUUUUUGGCUA